AUGGCUGGCGUUGUCGAAUUCUACAUCACCUGCAACCCCCCGCUGCUUCCUCAGGGCGUGUCAGAGGUCAUUCGACGUGUUCAGGACGCCGAGGGCCUGCUGGAAAUUCUCUACGAGCCUCGAAGUCCAUGGUUCAAAUGCAUCUCGCUAAGCAGUGAACGGCGACAGAUUACCGCUGCUAUACAGGACAACUUGUUCGCCAUUGCCGAGGACGACGUCGACGCCCUCGACUUUGAUGAGAAGACAGACGGCGACAUCUCCAUUAUCUCUCUUGAUCCUCGCAUGACGUCCUGGCACGAGUACAAGAAGAACGGGAGCGAUGCAUAUGCGUUUGCCGAUUGCGACAUCUUCCCCGAGUUCAUUGCCGAAUCAAAACACAAGACCACAUGGUACGGUCUGGAGGGCCAUCCCUCCGCCAGCUUUGACGGGUUGCUUGCGCUGUGCGGAACGAAUGACGGCAGCAAGAUCCCACUAGAUGCUGAACAGUUUCAACUCGUAUACAAGUGCCGCAUAUCGUACAAUUUGCGGCAGACAGUCUUGUACAUUGGUUCCGAUGAGAGCUGUGAAGCCAUCGACACGGUUGAGAAAGGGCGCGGCACACCUCCCAAGCUACCACCACCUCUCGAGGUCAUUCCCGCUGCUGAAGUGGAAAGGACUACCAGCAACGACCCAUUCGACGACAUCCCUUACACCGUCAACGAGAGCUUGCCAAGCAGCAUCACAUUCCAAGACCCCUUCAAAAACUUGGAGAGCUUGAUUUGA